GAUUCUUUCUUUACUUGUGGUGAUCACGAAGUUGUCCAUUCAUGUGUACAUGGUCCACCUACAAUAAAUUCCAUCCUUUUUGAUCUUAACAACUCAAUGGCCUUCACGUCAAAAUCUGGAGAAGAUAUCAUAUAUGGUGUACCUACAAUAAAUUAAUGCAUUCUUUUAAUUCUUUUAUGUUCUCUGUUGACAUUGUUCAAUCUUUGUGUUCCAUUGCAGCUAUUUAGAUAUCCAAGCAGAAAGGUUCUGAAACUCAAAUAGCAGAACCAAAAGGGAGCUCCUGCUCAUAAAUUAAAGGUCAAGUCUUGUUGUCUGUUGCAUGGAUGCUUCCAAGAGAGGAAACUAAAAUUUCCAAAGUUGAUUAAUUCAAAUCUGUCUUAAUUAACUUGUGUUUUCUAGCUUGAGAGAGACCAGAGCAGGUUUAAUGGGCCAAUUUCUUCCCUCUGUACUAUGACUGCUGUAUCCCUCAAAUUCCUUGAUCUUUCGAGCAAUCAAUUAUUUGGAGAGCUUCCUGAUUGUAUGAUGGGUUGGUCAAGUCUACAAAUUCUGAGUUUGGCUAAUAAUAAUUUCUUUGGGAAAAUUCCGAGCGUUGUGGGAUCUUUCUCUUUGAUUGAAACAUUUGAUUUGCAAAACAACCGCUUCUCUGGGAAAAUUCCUAGCUCUUUAAGGAACUGUAGUAAAUUGCAAUUUCUGGGUUUGAGUAAUAAUAGAUUGUCUGGAAAAAUACCAAGUUGGAUUGGAGAAAGGUCAAAUUCACUAAAUUUCCUCCUCCUAAAAUCUAAUCAUUUUGUUGGAGAAAUCCCAUUGGAGAUAUGUCAAUUGACAAAUAUUCUGCUGCUGGACCUCUCUUGCAACAAUCUCUCUGGACCCAUACCAUGGUGCACUGGUAAUAUGACUGCUUUGGCCAGCCAAGACAUCUCAGCCAAACAUCAUUUCUGUAACUCUCCACAGAACUCUCCACAUGGUUAUAACGUUUAUGAUUUUGAUGGAAGCUAUGCUGAUAAAGCAUCUAUCAUAUGGAAAGGAAGAGAAUAUCACUAUGAAAAUCUCACACUUCAGAGGACCAUUGAUCUUUCUAGCAACAAAUUAACUGGAGAAAUUCCUGUGCAAAUUGCAAAUUUUUCUAAACCGCAUCAAUUGAACUUAUCAAGAAACCAUUUGACUGGAAGCAUUCCUCCAAAUAUUGGGGAGAUGAGACAGUUGGAGUCGCUUGAUCUUUCACACAACAUGCUUUCAGGUUGGCUUCCUUCAAGCAUGUCCAAGUUAAACUUCCUCAGUUUCUUGGACCUAUCAUAUAACAACUUUUCUGGGAGAAUUCCAUCUAGCACUCAAUUGCAGAGCCUUCCUACUUCCGCAUUUGUUGGUAAUCCUGCACUCUGUGGAUCUCCUCUCCCACAAACUUGCCCCACUGAUGAAAAGCCUAUGGAUGGUGGUGUCAAGUACAAUCAACAAUACGACGAUCAAUUCUGGAAAGGGUUCAAACCCAGUAUGGAAGUUGGAAUGGCUUUUGGCUUUCUAGGAGCUUUGGCUCUCAAGUUAAACGAUCCAUGGAAACAUAUUUGUUUCCUGUUGUUCAACUACAUGAAGAUUGCGAAGAAAGUUGAAGUUUUAGGAGCCAUCCAUAGGUUCAAGAUGAUUCUUCAGGGACUUCAAGGACAACUCUUGAGAGUUGAAAUGCUAGGGCUUCCUUUUCAGGCUAGCGCGCGAAAAACCCCAAUAGAUCCUUCCUCAGAAAACUGCCCAUCUUCUUCUUCGAUCACUACACCACCCUCACUCUACACUCUUCCAAACUCUUUCUCAGACUUAGCCAUGGCGGAUUCGAAGUCUCCGUCAGCAGCAGUGAAGCAUCAUUCACCGACAAAAGCAGAGGCCAAGGCAAUAUCUUUACUGUUCACCACAAGGGGAACGAUGGUGUUUGCUUAUGGCGUCACAUUUGCUUUUGUUGCUUGUACGGCUUUCUUGGUGCUAAACCCAUCUUCCAAUUCCUCUCCUUGGAUAAAAAGCUUCCUCAAGUCGUCGUCUUCCAGCUCCCGGUUUUCCUCUCUCUUCUCUUGUUUUGUUUCUAAUUUUUCCCAAACCGAUGGCAACCCACUUCCUUUCACUUACCCACCGGCCGCCCCGUUUCGGGUUUCUUGGGAAAGCAGUGGAUUUGGUGACAAAAAUGGGUCUUUGUCCGGUGAUGGAGAAAGUCGAGUGUCGGAGGAUGUUCGGGCAUUCAAUCAAGCGGGUACUUUACUCUUCACUCCGACUGUUUCUUUCUCUCAAGAAUCUAAUGGCACAUCAAAAGGUUUAGUAAUUCAAUUUUCCAGUAGCCCAUCAAAUAAUGAGAGUUGGGAUGGUAAUGUAACAAGAGAUCCAGGUGGUUCUCAGUCUUUCUCAGAUAAUGCUGCUGAUUACCGAUUUGCUUUAAAAGGAGAAGAUGGAAAGGAAUCAAAGAAUGUGUGGGAUUUGGAAAUGAAUGUGACAGGGGAAGGGGUUUUAGGUAAGGGGCGAGAGGCUAGCAAUGUGACACUGGAAUCAAAUGAAAUGGAUGGAUUUGGAAGUGUUGAUGACAUGUUUAGUAAGCAUAGAAAUGGAGAUCUUAAGGAUAUAGACAUAAUGAACCAUUGUAACAUAUUUGAUGGGAAGUGGGUGAGAGAUGGUUCUUGUCCAAUUUAUGCACCAGGGUCUUGUCCUCAUAUUGAUGAGCCUUUCAAUUGUUAUCUUAAUGGUAGACCUGACAGAGGCUAUGAGAAGUAUAGAUGGCAACCCAAAGAUUGCAAUAUACCAAGGUUGAAUGGUAGGCAUAUGCUGGAAUUGUUGAGAGGAAAGCGUGUAGUUUUUGUUGGUGAUUCUCUAAACAGAAAUAUGUGGGAGUCUCUUGUGUGCAUCCUUCAUAGCUCAGUGGGAGACAAAAGUAGAGUUUUUGAAGCCUCUGGCAGAAAUGAGUUUCGAACAGAUGGCUCUUAUUCUUUCAAGUUUGAAGAUUACAACUGUUCAGAAACUCUUCACCUUGAUAUGAUUGAGAAAUCAUCUGAUAACUACAAAAGUGCUGAUAUUCUCAUCUUCAACACAGGGCACUGGUGGACCCAUGAGAAAACUUCGAAAGGGAAAGGUUACUAUCAAGAGGGUAGCAUAAUUUAUGAUCAAUUGAAUGUCAAAGUGGCAUUUCAGAAAGCUUUGACUACAUGGGCAAGAUGGAUAGAUGCUAAUAUAGAUCCUAUGAAGACCCUUGUUUUCUUCAGGGGAUAUUCUGCUUCCCACUUUAGGGGUGGAAGAUGGAAUUCUGGAGGUCAAUGCCACAGUGAGACUGAACCUUCAGAGAAUGAGAUAUACUCGAAAAAGUAUUCAUCAAAAAUGAGAAUUUUAGAAUCAGUAAUCAAUGGGAUGAAUACAUCAGUGCUUUAUCUGAAUAUUACCAGAAUGACUGGUUUGCGGAAGGACGCUCACCCGUCAAUAUACAGGAAGCAGAAUUUAACUGAGGAAGAAAGAUUGGCACUGGGAUUCCAGGAUUGCAGCCACUGGUGUCUUCCUGGUGUUCCUGAUACAUGGAAUGAACUUAUAUAUGCUAAACUCCUUAUUGCACAUAACCAAAAACACCAAGAUCAGCUCUACCAAGAACAACAGAGAAGACCAUAGGUAAAAUAAAUGUUUUUUAUGCUUCUGUUGAUCAGUUGAAUGAUUAGUUUCUAGAUUGGUUUAUCUCUCGAAGAAUUCUCUAGUAAAUAGUUAUCAUCAUUACUGAGAAUAUUAAAAUGAUGGUAUUGGUAUUGCACUAUUGCUGAAAGGAAAGAGAGAAAAAGGGGCUGAAUGCAGUUGUCUGUAAACAUGGAGAAGGUGAUGGUGAUGGGAUUUUCUAUUUUGGUUCCGGGGAGUUGUACUCUGUCCUCAUGCACUCAAUUUAGCUGUGUUUCUAGUGGAAUGUAAAUCUCUCAUGAAUCCAUUCUUUGAAACGAUAUCAGGUUUUAUUAUCUGUUAAUAUGAAUCAAAGGCAAUUUUGAAU